GGAAGUGAAGAGAAAUUAAACAACGUUUAUAAACAGGCUAGGCCGAACAGGGGGAGAAACUACGUUUAUGUCUUCUACUGAGUGAAAUGCAAUUUAAGUUCAGUGUAUACUCCGGUUAAUACGUUAAUAUUGGCACUGCUUUUGACAUAGGUUGUCCAGCUGAGGUCGGAAGAGGGAAAAGGGAGAAUAUGUAGGAGUCAUUUCUCUCUCCCUGUCCUCCUCCAGUUGCCUCCGUGAAAGGAGAACCAGAAACUGCGAAAAGAAAUUGAUUGAUCGUUCAGCUUGAUCGACGAUGGCGGACAGCGUUGGAAAUGAAGCCAACGGUCAGGACCACGGGACGCAGUUGUCCGCGAGUUUGGCUCAUUCUAUGCCGGGGCACUCAUCAGUCUCGCCGCCUCCGGCAGCAGCCGCAGAGACCGGCCUGGCUGUGGUCGCUCCCUGGGUCGCGCAUACCAUCACUCCCGCCGUGGAGAGCGGGUUCGGUGUGAUGAGCCAUGUGGCGGAUUCCACCGUCCCCGCGGCCCUACCUCUGCCGCCCGGAAUGGGCUCGGUGGUCCCGGGCGGUGCGCCGAAUCUGGCAGGAGCGGGCCUCCUGUCCCAAAUUCACGUCACCUCAUGGGACCCCACGUUAAGCACCGACUGGGAUAACGAAAAGGCGUCUCAGCAAUGCAUUCUCCGGAUAAAAAGGGACAUCAUGUCCAUCUAUAAAGAACCUCCUCCGGGUAUGUUUGUGGUUCCCGAUCCUCACGAUAUGACAAAGAUUCACGCCCUCAUCACCGGCCCCUUCGACACACCAUAUGAGGGUGGCUUCUUCCUCUUCCUGUUCCGUUGUCCCCCUGACUAUCCCAUCCACCCUCCACGAGUCAAACUAAUCACUACAGGGCACAACACUGUUCGUUUCAACCCCAACUUCUACCGCAAUGGCAAAGUGUGCCUCAGCAUCCUUGGCACUUGGACUGGGCCAGCAUGGAGUCCUGCGCAAAGCAUCUCUUCCGUUCUUAUAUCUAUACAGUCCCUGAUGACAGAAAAUCCUUACCACAAUGAGCCAGGCUUUGAGCAGGAAAGGCAUCCAGGUGACAGCAAAAACUAUAAUGAGUGCAUCCGCCACGAGACCAUGCGAGUUGCUGUUUGUGAUAUGCUAGAGGGUAAAGUGCCAUGUCCUGAGGCCUUGUGGAGUGUGAUGGAGAAAUCCUUCCUGGAGUACUAUGAUUUCUAUGAGGGGGUUUGCAAAGAACGUCUGCAUCUCCAAGGGCAAAACAUGCAGGAUCCUUUUGGAGAGAAGAGAGGUCGUUUUGACUACCAGGGUUUGUUGACCCGUCUCAGAGCCAUCCAGAGGCGAUUGCGGGAAAAGUGCCCAACAGAGGAGAAUGACGGCGACUCUGACUCGGACACCAGCUCUUCCGGUACUGAUCCAGACAGUCAGGGCAGCUCACAGCCUUAGAGCACCCUCUAGCGGUGCAAAGAGAGCAAGGUUAUAUCGUUUCCCUUUACCUGCAUUUCUGGACUCUCAAGCGGGCACAAAUGCGAGGAGAGCCGAGUAAGCCUAGAGAAUCUGCUCAUGGAGAACAGGUGUUCUCUGAGUUUCUGUCUCUUCUGAUUGGUUCAAAUUUUCCCCCUUGUUCCUUGUGUGCUGGCCAAUGACUGCCUUUUUGUUUUGCCGUAUUUCUUCCCUAAUGAAGAAGAGUUUCAGAGUUUCAAAAGGAGAAUGAAGGCCUUGAAAAUGGUGUGUAUGUGUGCAUUUAUAAGAGAGCAAUGUAGUUUCUCAGUAGGUCGACACAGCCUCUGCCUUUCAACUCCGUGCUUCUUCACCCCCUGCCUCAUCCGGUAGAGCUCCACAGAAAGAAGAAAUAUUCAUACUAGUCAAAAAAAUGAAUAACGAUAAUAAAAUCUCUCUUGAAAACAACCCAGUCUGCUUGCAAAUACACAAAUCUCACCUAUAGUUUGCGAGUUUCCUGGUCUUUUUGUUCCACUGUUUCCUUGAUGUCUAAUAAUUAUCGAAACAUGUAUCUUGUUACCUUAUUGAAUAAUUUAAAGGGAUAGUUCACCCAAAAAUUCUCAUAUAAUUUACUAAACGUCAUGCUGUCCCAGAUGUGUUGACUUUCUUUUUUCAGCAGAACACAAAUUAAGAUUUUUAGAAGAAUUUCUCAGCUCUGUAGGUCCAUACAAUGCUAGUGAAUGGUGAUCAGACAUUUUAUAGCUCCAAAAAUCACUUAACAGAAACAUAAACAUAAUUAAUAUGACUCCAGUGGUUAACUCAUUAUCUUCAGAAGCGGUAUGAUAGGUGUGGGUGAGAAACAGAUCAAUAUUUAUAGCAUUUUUUUUCUUUUUUCUUUACUCUAAACCUCCACUUUCACAUCUGAAAGUGAAAGUUAAUGUGGAGAUGUAGAGUAAAAAAAGGACUUAAUAUUGUUCUGUUUCUCACCCACACCUAUUGUAUAGCUUCUGAAGAUAUGGAUUAAACAUCUGGAGACAUAUGGAUUACUUUUUUUGCUGCCUUUGUGCUUUAUGGAGCUUCAAAGUUUUGGUCACCAUUCACAUGCAUUGAAUGGACCAACAGAGCUGAGAUAUUUUUCUAAAAAUCUUUGUGUUCUGCUGAAGAAAGAAAGUCAUACACAUCUGGGAUGGCAUGAGGGUGUGUAAAUUAUGAGGGCAUUUUUCAUUUUGGGUGAACCAUCCCUUUAAAGAAAUGAAUAUGAUUAUAAAUUGUGUUGAAUGAAUUGAAUACUACACUUUAAGAGAAAGACUAACAGAUGCAACUUUAAAAAAAUGUACAUAGAAUUGUCCAUAGAGAUUUAUUUUAAUGUUCAAUGUACUUGACAUGGUAUUGAACAGUAAAGUGAAAGUAUCAGCAGCCUGCCGACUGAUUCCCAAAGCACUUAUGGGAAAGGUUGCCUUUUGAGUGUUGAUUCGUUAAAAUUACAGUUUAGUUGGUUGAAUUUAAUUAUAUCUCUUAAUUGUAAAGCUGUUGGUCAUGUGUGAAAAGAUAAAUGUGUUCUGUUAUUGUUCUGGCAAUAACCUUGUGGAACUGAAAAGGCAGAAACAUUUGUAGUGUUUGAUAAUUCCAGUCCUAAUGCUUAGACAUCAGUUCCACACCUGCUUCAGCACAGAAUUCCCCUUAAACAUUGCUACAGAUUUUCUAUUUUGUUCUCUUUACCGGGGAUACUGUGGUCACUGGUGUCCUCAUAUGCAACAGGAUGAAGAGAGUGCACCAACAAUCUAUUGCAAUCCAUCCCUUUAAAGAGUAGGUAGUUCCCCACAGCAUGCUAAACAUAAACUUGUAAACAUGUACCUUUUAUCCAAGGAAAAGCAGAUGACUUGUCGGUUUAGAGCACUUGAUUCUUACCAAGCUUAUUCCUGGACUGAAUGACAGUUGAUGGUGAACCUCCAUUAAAAAAAACAAAAAACAUCUUCAACAAAGUUCUACUGUCUCAGAUGGACCAUCACAAGUACAGUUCUAAGAUUUUUUUUGCAUGUGUUAUGUCUAGGACUUCACAUUUUGACAAAACAACACUGUUGGAUUUCUUGAUUGGUUGAUCUGAAUAAAAAUUUCACUCUAAACAUAUGCUUCUCUCAUAGAAUGCUCUGAAACAGGAAAGAGUUCCCUAGUUUGACUUUGUGAUGUACUAAUGCUUUUUCCUUGUUUGGAAAAUAAUUGAGAAUGAAUUAUGUAAAUAAUAAAUGUAUCAAUGAAUUGCAA